CUCCAUGUUAGAUGAGAAACUUCUAGACCCAACUAGCCUAACGCAAUUACCCGUACUGGCCGCAAACCUACCCUCUCUUUGAAUCAUUCUUUGAUAUUGCUGCCGGGCCGCCAAGUCCCAACCUCAACCACCGCCGGUCAAACCUCCACAAAGAUACAAAGUCUACUAACUACGGCAAGCAGGCGAGUAGAUUGAAGGACAGCGUCUCGCCGUCAUCUCCGAUUGAAGGAGAACGUUGCUCCGGUGGCACGGGGAACGACUCAACAUUUCUAAACCAAUUGAAUCUUGAAUUCAGGUUUUAUCUGGAGCUCACUGGUGAUAAGAAAACCUGUAAACAAUUGUAAUGGGGUACGCACAAUUAGUCAUUGGUCCUGCAGGAAGUGGGAAGUCAACUUACUGCUCUAGCUUGUACCGACACUGUGAAACCAUGCGCCGGACAAUUAAUAUCAUAAACCUUGAUCCUGCUGCCGAAAACUUUGACUAUCCUGUUGCUGUGGAUAUCAGGGAACUUAUUAAUUUGGAGGAUGUUAUGGAAGAACUAGGGCUGGGUCCUAAUGGGGGUUUGAUUUACUGCAUGGAGGAACUUGAAGAUAAUCUUGAUGACUGGCUUACUGAAAAGCUAGAUGAUUUCUUGGAUGAUGAUUAUUUGGUUUUUGACUGUCCUGGGCAAAUUGAACUCUUCUCUCAUGUUCCAGUUCUUAAAAACUUUGUGGAGCACUUGAAGCGUAAGAAUUUCAAUGUCUGUGUUGUUUAUCUGCUUGACUCACAGUUCAUGACAGAUGUUACCAAGUUUAUUAGCGGUUGCUUGUCUUCUCUCUCUGCAAUGGUCCAGCUUGAAUUGCCCCAUGUUAAUAUCUUGUCAAAAAUGGACCUGGUAAAGAACAAGAAAGACCUUGACGAUUUCUUGAACCCCGAGCCACAUAUGUUGCUGUCACAAUUGAAUCGUCGCAUGGCUCCACAGUUUGAGAAGUUGAACAAAGCCUUGAUUGAUCUGGUAGACGAGUACAGUAUGGUGAGUUUCAUCCCUCUUGACUUAAGGAAAGACGACAGCAUCCAGUAUGUGUUGUCACAGAUUGAUAUGAGCAUCCAGUAUGGAGAAGAUGCAGAUGUCAAGGUGAAAGAUUUUGACAUAGAUAGCGACGGUGAUGAAUAGCUGCAGCUCUCUUUGUACAGGAUGAAUGUUGAUUCUAUCUGCAGUCUGCCAGGUUUCAGUUUUUGAUGUAAAGCUGACUUACUUGUUAAAUGGAUUUUCCAACAUGAGGUUUUCUGAAUCUAUACUAGGUAUACCAUUAAAAUGGUAUAUUAAGGGCAAAAUAGUAACUUCAGUUGUUAUAUUAAGGGUUAAAUGGUAAAUUCAUAUAAUAAAUUGAGUCUGGCCCACGAUAAGUAACAUUUAUCUUUGA